UCACCACCACCACAUCUCCGCGUUUGUCUAUCUUUCUUUAGUCGCAUCUCUUACUCUGUAUGGGUACUUCUUUCACUCACUCUGCAUUUUCUGCCAUUCAUUUGCUGUUUCUGGUCUGUGGUAUGUGGCAGCUGGAGUUCCUUGUCACUCAUCAUUGUCACAUGGGCCUUAUGUAGGCGGCGUCUUUUUCCCGAAUCAGCUCCCCUCUUACCUCUUGAGAUUUCCUCUUUAUCCACACCUUUUUUAUUUUAUUUUUUUUCAUUUGCAACGUUAUAUCGACUCUCUGCGUGAAUCCCUCGACUUGACCCGGCGCGAUGCAGUACGUGCGGAGUAUCAGCGGUUCCGUCUCGAAGACAUGGAAUUCCAUUAAUCCGGCGACUCUCAGCGGAGCCAUUGAUGUGAUUGUGAUUGAACAAGAAGAUGGAACUCUUGCCUGUUCGCCAUUUCAUGUCCGAUUUGGGAAAUUUUCCCUCCUCCGCCCCUAUGAGAAAAAGGUCGAAUUUACGGUAAAUGGGGAAAAGCAACCAUAUUCCAUGAAGCUGGGUGAAGGGGGAGAAGCGUUCUUUGUAUUCGAGACAUCAGAUGAUAUUCCGGAUUCACUACAAACGUCACCAGUGGUAUCGCCAGCGGGUAGUCCGAGGUCUCAGAGUGAGAGUGAGCUAUCAAGCUCACUCCAAGAACCAGAUUAUCUGGACUUGGAUGUCUCACCCGACGCAAGUGAAUCGAAGCCUACGGACAUUCCCCUGUCGAGAAAUGCCCGGGCCUCGACUGAUCUGGGGGCGAUCGCACCCCUGUCACGGUCACUAGAUGCGCCCGAACUUGGCAUGCCUCAUCUUGGUCCGCUCGAGUUGGAAUCGGGAAAGUUUAAUCAUUUUGACUCAGAGCCUCCGUUGGAAGACGAUUUUGAAGUGCGUUCAGCAAGCUCCCAGGUAUCAGAUGCCGAUCCAGUCCAUAUCGCACGUUCCCAAAGCCCGCCCCCACCGACAGCAGAGGAAGCUAUGUCGCGUGCGAUUUCCCUGUCGAAAAAAUUAUCGGGGUCUAACAUCCCAUCGCACGUCACUGAUACCGGAGAUCUUAUGCUCGAUAUGACCGGCUAUAAAAGCAAUGAUGAGGACGCUUUGCGCGCGGAAGUUAUUGCACGCAAAAUAUUAUCCGAAGAAUUGGAAGGCUGCUACGAUAUUGGAUCUCUGAUUGGUGCUGAUGAACAUGGGAAUUUGUGGAUCUACAGUAGUGAGGAGGCCAAAGAGGCGGCCAAUCGUCGAGCAACCUUUAAUGCGAUGAGACCCAACUCAGCCAUGAGCGAGAACGCUGUUACGGAUUCCGGGUAUCAUAGUGAUGGUGACCAGCAUAUUCCUGAAUCGUUGCUCACCCGGCAUACCCGUGCGAAAUCCGACGUUCAACCUGGAGUGCCGACUGCAUUGACACAGGAGGCUCUGUCGGGAGAUGCAAACCGCAACUAUGCAAAGACUCUCCGUCUCACAAGCGACCAACUCAAAGCUUUGAACCUGAAACCAGGACCCAAUCCGAUGUCGUUCAGUGUCAAUAAGGCUACGUGCACCGCAACCAUGUAUUUGUGGAGUGGGAACACGCCAAUUGUGAUUUCAGAUAUUGAUGGGACCAUUACCAAGUCUGAUGCUUUGGGCCAUGUCCUGAACAUGAUUGGCCGCGAUUGGACGCAUGCCGGUGUGGCCAAGUUAUACACAGAUAUCGUCAACAAUGGAUACAAUAUCAUGUACCUUACCAGUCGGUCUGUCGGCCAGGCUGACACCACGCGGGCAUAUAUUUAUGGAGUCAACCAGGACGGAUAUCGAUUGCCCAAGGGCCCUACCAUCAUGAGUCCUGAUCGGACGCUUGCCGCCCUACGACGUGAGGUUUACCUGAGGAAGCCAGAAGUGUUCAAGAUGGCAUGCCUGCGGGAUAUCCUUGGUCUCUUUAAUGGAAAAGAGAACCCGUUCUACGCAGGAUUCGGCAACCGACUCACGGACGCCUUGAGUUAUCGGUCGGUAAACAUACCAUCGAGUCGGAUUUUCACAAUCAACUCGAAUGCAGAGGUGUCUCUGGACCUUCUCAGCCUCAACCAGUACAAGAGUAGCUACGUUACAAUGCGCGAGCUAUUGGAUCACUUCUUCCCACCGGUUAGUCUUCUUGUACAAGCCGGAGGUGAGGAUUUCACCGAUUUCACAUACUGGAGAGACUUGCCGCCAGACCUCGACGACUUUUCAAGCACGGAUAGCGAAGAUGAAGAACAAGAGGAUGAAGAACAAGAGGAAGAUGAGGAAGAACACGAGGAAGAAGAAAUGGACGAGGAAGAGGACGACGAAGAGGCAGAUGAGGAGGACGAAGGCGAUGACUACGAGCUCAGCGGUGAUGAAGGAAGUGAAGUGUUUGACGACGACGAGCCCGUCGAGGAAGAUCUCGGUACCAGCUACGUUUCUCAAGCCUCGGCAGACCAGCCCCCUCCGGAUCCGAGUAUCGAUGGCGUUGAUUUGGAAGACGAUAAAGAAAUCGAGGGGGGCGACAAAUUUGAACCACCCGAGGCGACUCCAAAGCUCGUGAAAUCGAGACAUUCGAUACCAUUGUCCGAUCCUUCUUCCCCUUCGAGGUGACGAAAUGCAUCUGAUUCUAUUGCUAUCGAGUUCGUCGUACCAGACCAGGCUGCAUUUGCAUUAUCCAUGACAUACUGACUUUAUUAUGCAUCAUACCGGAGUUUACUGGACAGCAUUACAUUCAUACACAUUGCUUUUUGGCAGGACGUUUGGCGCGAUCUCUUUUGUAUGGGGAUAGUUUAGAAAUUUUGGUUUAUCCGUCGUUACUUUGUUGAUUGCACAUAGCCUUGGACAGUCUUUUGAAUAACAUUGUUUGUAU